CUGGAGUGCGGACGUGUGGUGCGCUUGAGUCUGCGAUUUCCUGCUGCGCUUUGCGGUGUCGUCGCAUUUUUCGUGCCUUCCGGAGCGUGGAUCCCCUGGAUUUUUGUGGUCGUUGUGCAAGUGCGCGGCAGUCACGUACAGCCGUUGCAACAAAGUACGAGAAAUCGAAAAAAACAAUCCGCCAGAAGUAACCAAAUCAAUGUGGCAAAUAGUGUACCUUCGAUGCGCGCUCGUUGAUUGAUUAACACAUCACCUCCCACACAAACACGCCGAGUGUAAAGUACUCAGUACUACUACCUGUGGGUGCAAUCCGCUGCAAAUUGGAAUUGGAAUUGCAACUGCGCGGUGUGCAUCCCCAGCGGAGAACGCUGAAGAAACCAAAACCAAACAACAACAAAAAAAGAGUUUAAAGUGCCGCGGCUGCAUUGUUUUGACUUUGAUCGUGUGUCGUGGUCUCCACCACCCUUCAUCCGCCCCGUUGGCCCUCGACGCAGCGCGUGCGUGUUGCAACUUUUGAUUAGCUUUGGAUUCCGAUUCGGAUUGCGAUCUCGCAGUGCGCCUGCAUUUUUCGUAACUUAUCGCCGCCCACAUCUUAACUGGCAUUUGCCACGGCGGCUCGUCCUCCUCCUUCAGAGUCAACCGUUUGCCGGCUGAGAUGUGCGUCCAAUUUGUGGCGAAAUUAAUUAUAUAAUUGCCAAAACACCGCCAAAAUCCCCGUAAAAAUCAAUUGCACAAAAGAAGAGAAAGAGAAGCGCUUCAAUAAACACGCCAAGCGGUGCUAAUGCGAAAGGAAACUCCCCGACAAUCGCCGAUUUUUGUAUUGUAAAGAAAUAAAUUAUACAAAAUGUCUAUACAAAGCACAAGACAUUCGCCAUUCGCAUGGACCACAAGAGGCCUGCUGCUGCUCGCCACCUGGUGCUGCUACCUCGGAUACCUCGGAUCGGAGGCCCAUGUGGCCCUCACCUAUCCACCUGCCCGCAAGUUCGACCUGGACUUUCUGGACAAUGCGCGCACGAAGGCGCCAUGUGGCAUGCCCAAAGGCUCCAUCCGCACAUCGCUGCUCUCUGGCACGCAGUUCAACGUCACCUGGCACUUGGCCUAUGCGCACAAGGGCGGCUUUCGGUUGCAACUGUUGGAUGCCCUCGAUCGACCUGUUCUGGACCUAACGCCCCACGUAAAUAACUCGGAGUUUGUGAGCACUGAUGUCACUGCCCAGUCCUACGAAGUGAAGAUACCGAACGACUUUGAGUGCUUUAACUGCACUCUUCGGCUGCUACGCCAGGCAGAUGAGUGGACCACCAGCUAUCGCUUCUGGUCCUGCGCCGAUGUGGACAUCAAGCUGCGGAAGGACUUCAAGGAGACCUGUUCCGGCAAUGGCAAGUACUUCCCCUCGCGGUGCAAGUGCGACAAGAACUUCUAUGGCCCGCAGUACCAGUACAAGGAUGAGUGCUCCGCCGACUCCGAUUGCGGUGUUCAGGGCAAGUGCGUGGAUCUGGGUGGAACCUCGCUGCCUAAGAAACAGUGCUACUGCAACUUCGGCUGGUUCGGUAUUGGAUGCAACAAACGGUCGCCCUACAAGAGCACAAGCCUCGACCUCUCCUCGUACUCCAAAAAGGAGCUCUCACCCGACUACCACGUCUACUGGAGGCUGCUCGAGGAGCAGAAGGAGAUCGAGAUGGUGCUUAAGGUCAAUAGUACGUCGUGGGUGGGCUUGGGCUGGAGACCACGUGGCAUGACACCGGAGUGCAAGAACUUCCCGCUGAUACGGGACAUCGGAGAUCUGACCACAACUCUGGAAGCCUCUGCCCCGGAACCCAAGAGCGAACCGGAACCCAAGAGUGAACCUGAACCCAAGAGCGAACCCGAACCCAAGAGUGAACCGGAGCCCAAGAGCGAACCGGAACCCAAGAGCGAACCGGAACCCAAAAGCGAACCGGAACCCAAGAGUGAGCCUGAACCCAAGAGCGAGCCGGAACCCAAGAGUGAACCGGAACCCAAGAGCGAACCGGAACCCAAGAGUGAACCGGAACCCAAGAGCGAACCGGAACCCAAGAGCGAACCGGAGCCUAAGAGUGAACCCGAACCCAAGAGCGAACCAGAGCCUAAGCAAUUAGCCGAGCUUAGGUCCGCACCAGAACCAAAAAGUGAGCCUGAGCCUAAGAGCGAACCGGAGCCUAAGAGCGAACCGGAACCUAAGAGCGAACCGGAACCCAAGAGUGAACCCGAACCCAAGAGUGAACCCGAACCCAAGAGUGAACCCGAACCCAAGAGUGAACCUGAACCCAAGAGUGAACCCGAACCCAAGAGUGAACCCGAACCUAAGAGUGAACCAGAACCCAAGAGUGAACCGGAACCUAAGAGCGAACCAGAGCCGACUAGCGAGCCUGAACCAAAGAGUGAACCAGAACCCAAGAGCGAACCGGAGCCCAAAAGCGAACCAGAACCAGCCAGUGAGCCGGAACCCAAAAGUGAACCGGAACCGAAGUCUGAGCCGGAGGCCCAGAGUACGAAAUCCAAGAGAGUUGCUGGAGAUUUUGCUAAAAAGGGUGUCUCUUCAGUUUCUACAAGUGUUUCAUAUCGCGUUAGCACCAAGUCAGAUCGCCAACGGCGUGAAGCUGAUUCACCCAAAUACCGCCUGAAUCCCUACACACCACGCCACGACUUCAACGGCAUGGACUGCACGGACAUCGUGAUCGGAGCAGCCCGAGGAAUGGCCAGCAGAGUGGGUGACUACUACAGCCGUGACCGAUCGACGCCCCACAUCGACGAGUUCUUCGGCGGCAAGUCAAACCUGGCCUUGGGCACGGGCUUUGAGGAGAAUGGCGUGACCACGAUCAUCUUCCGCAAGAAACUGGUCGCAAAUGAACCCACCGAUCACACCCUGGACGAUGCGCUCACCCAUGUGAUUUGGGCCAAGGGUCAGGAGCCGGAGGCAUAUGUGCAUGUGCCAGCUUCUGGUCUGGAAACACAGACCGCUACUGUCAAAAACUUCUAUAAGCAGGAUGAACUCAAGUACCACGGACACCAAAUGCAGCGAGGCGUCACCCAGAUCAAUUUCUUCGAAAAAGAAAAGACAGCCACGAGCACAGACCGUAACGACCUGGGCACCAAUGUGCUGGAUAACGAUUGCUAUGGUCAUUGGAAGUAUCCGUCCAACUGCUCUCCCCAGGAGCACACCUGCGAGUACUACGCCAGUUGGGAGACGGCCGGAAAGGGUGACGAGAUGCGCUGGCACAUUGAAACGUCGAACACGCAGACCUGGACGGGAAUCGGUUUCAGAGAUGACCAGCGUAUGUCGCAGACGGAUGCGAUCAUUGGCUGGGUGGACGGACGCAGCGGAAGACCCUUCCUUAUGGACACCUGGGUGUUGGGCUACGCUUCGCCGAAGCUAGAUGAUCGCCAGGACAUCUACAACGCAUCCGGACGCAUUGAAAAGGGUGUGACCAUUCUGGAGUUCAAUCGCAAGCGGAUCAGCAACGACGAACAGGACUUGUCCUUCACUGAGGACCACUGCCUCUAUCUAUUCUUCCCGGUUCUGGGCGGUGCCUUCAAUGUGGUGAACAAGAAGAUCCGCAAGCACGAGCAGGUUCCUCCAAUCUCUUCUCAGCGUGUCUGCAUCAAAUCCUGUGGCAAGGAACUGGAGUCCGUUUUUGUGGGCACCAGCACUCCGGCUCCAAGCCGUCUUGUUUACGCCGUGGCCGUUAAGCUGAUGAACCUGGGCGAAUCCUAUGAGGCACCGAAGCCGGGAACCGUGGAGUUCAACAACCUGGCAGCCACUAUAUCAGAUUCAUUCAAUGGCAUCCUAAGUCCUUUGGCUGGCUACUAUAAAACGGAUAUUCUGGGCUUUGAAAAGGAGGGCAGCACCAUGGUGGCCAAGGUGCAGGCCAUGUUCGACAAGGCGGAUGUGGAGAAGAUGCACGCGUUAGAAACCAACGAGGUGGACAAAACCAGCGAGGCAGCAGCCCAGAAGAACGCCGAUGUGAUUCGUUCGGCUCUGAAGGAUCAGAUUGCCACCGGUCGCGUGGGAUCUCUAACGGUGGAUCCUCAGUUCUUGGACUUUGAGGCAUUGGAAUACAAGAGCUCCUCCGAGCCCAAUGCCAAGGAGACACUGCUCUCCUUCUUCGAUCUCUCCGAGACACGUUUGUACAUCGUCCUGGGACUGAUUGCGGCCCUGGUGCUCAUCGCGUUGAUCCAGGCCUUCUGCACCAUUUGGAAGACAUCGCGAAAGAGCAAGAACACGAAGGAGAAACUGAUCCAGAACUCGCCCUGGAAGGAGUUCGCCUCGAACACCAACUAUGCCUUCGAUCCUUAUGGCGAAACGGAGGAGAAGAACAUUACCAACAGCACCACGGGCAAGGAGAAGUCGCGCAACCGCCAUCAGUCGACCACGAGCAGCCAGCAGACGACACUACCCAUGUCCCAUUCGCCCACCAGCAAGUCCCAGAUGUACUACGAGAGUCCAAACGGUCAGGGCAAAAGCUCCAAUGGCAACGGCAGUCGGACCAACGGACGCGCCACCCAAGAGAGCAGCGUCGGUGGAGCACCCUAUUCCCGGAGCUCCUAUGCGGAGCGCGCCUACUCCCUGCCGCGGCAGGCGCAUCAAUACCAGCAGAGCCCGGCCAGCAUGCAGCCCUCGGGUUACUACACCCACGACAGGCGGGCCGCGCGCCAAGGAAGCCGGGAUAGGGAGCGCGAGCGCGAGAGGGAGGAGGAGCGGCGCCAGCGCCAGGACCGCGAUCGGGACUCUGGCUACGACCGGUCGCGUGACGAUCCGCGACAGAACGGUGGAUCCGAUACGCCCGACUUCUACUUCAUGCCCUCGCAGCGCAAGUAUUCCGGGGAGGUAGUACGCGUCUAUGUGGACUACAACAAGGAUCCGAAGCACUAAAGCUCAAAACACAUCCGAUUAUUUAAUGCUCGUUUUAAGUUCUACCCUUACUCUGUUUCGUCACACACAACAAAAAUAUUAAGAAUGUCAAUUGGAUCUUUUGUCUUCUUAAAAUAGGAUUGUAUAACACAUUCAACAGAUUUUGAAAUUAUCACUAAAAUAGUUUUGCCGUUGAAUACAUACAGAAUGUAUUUGAUAAGCGAAAACCUUAAAUGAAUCAUUCCAAGCUUACCUUUGUUUCAAAGAGAGCCAAUUGACAUCAAUCUGAUAAUUAUCUGUGCACUUUUGUUUCCAAUAUGAGCCCUCCUUAGUUUCGAUUUUGCCAUAACGCAGUUGCGCUGCAGCGGCGUUUCCAGGUGCGCAAGCUUUACCACAGAACGCACAACGCAUGAUUCCACAACUUAGUGAAUUGUAAAUAUUUUGAAUAGACAUUAAAACUCUUGCAAACGAGAAACAAAUCCAAGCCACACAAAUCACACAAAAUUAUAAAGCAAGCUUUGCAGUUAGGUACGUGCAUACAUAAUGUUUUCGCAUUGUCUUAUCGUAAAUGUGCAAAGAAACAUAGUCACUGUAUUUAAUCAAAUUAAAUAUACGCAUUAAGUACAUAUAAAUAAAGUUAAGUACAUCCAAAAAGAA